UGGGCCCCUUUUCCUGAGAAUGGGGCAGGGGCCAAUGGAGUGCAUGGGAGUCUGGUGGUCCCAGAUUGAAGACACUGGGCCUCAGACCCUUUCCCAGCCCUUCCAAGCAGCCUUCACUGGCUGGCCGGCCUCCAUUGCACAAACAGGCCCCUGGAGCAGGGUAGGGGGGUUGCUGUUGUCCCUCAACCAGCACCUCUCAUGAGCUGGCCAGACAAACCCCCACUUUGGGGAACUGACUUUCUAGGGGGCGCUCUUGGUUUAGGGGGAGUCGCCCAGGUCUCCCCUGCCUUUCAGGGAUCAUCAGGCCCUCCCCUAGGAUCUUCCCAGCUACAGUCCCUGCCCAGGGCACCCCCAGUUGCUCUCAGCUGUGAGGGCCUCCCCCACACUGGCUCCAGUUCCCUCUCCUCAGGGUCUGUGCCAGGAUCACAUUUUGCCUAAUGAUUGGAUUCCUUGGCUUCUCUGCCUGUUUUCUGAGUUGGACGAUUUGGGGGGUGACUCCUUCCUCCUUCAACUGAGAUGCCCCUGAUGGAGCAGGUGGCAAGGGGUCUUAGAGGGGUCUGACAGCUGUCCACAGCCACAAGGCUGAAGAACCCGGGUGGUCUGCCUUGUCUUCUGGGGGUCUGCAGACAGGGUCCCUUCUACCACAGCUCCUGGGCAGACCUGGCCCAAGGCUUUGAACUCCCUUAUAGGCUUUGGGACCUCAGGCAGUGACUGGCUUCUCUGAGCUUCAGUUUCCUUAUCUGGAAGAUGGAUACGGAGGACCCCUCCCAGGGGUUAGACAGACCAAUGUGAUCAGUCAGGAUCUGGUUUGAAGAAACUGAGCCAGGCUGCUGAGGACCGAAGCCAUUUCUGCUCUGACUUGGUUUCCCUGCUGGGGCCUCUCCAGUCCUGUCCUGCUUCUGGCCUGCCUUGCUCUGCCGGGAACCAUGAGUGAGGCCCGCAGGGACAGCACGAGCAGCCUGCAGCGCAAGAAGCCACCGUGGCUAAAGCUGGACAUUCCCUCUGCGGUGCCCCCGACAGCAGAAGAGCCCAGCUUCCUGCAGGUAGGGCCUGGCCAGCAGGGACUGUGGGUGCCCCCUGUCCAAUACCCUCACCAUGACCCUGUUGCCCAGCCCCUGAGGCGACAGGCUUUCCUGAGGAGUGUCAGUAUGCCAGCUGAGACAGCCCACAUCUCUUCGCCCCACCAUGAGCUCCGGCGGUCGGUGCUGCAGCGCCAGACGUCCAUCACACAGACCAUCCGCAGGGGGACCGCUGACUGGUUUGGAGUGAGCAAGGACAGUGACAGCACCCAGAAAUGGCAGCGCAAGAGCAUCCGUCACUGCAGCCAGCGCUAUGGAAAGCUGAAGCCCCAGGUCCUCCGGGAGCUGGACCUGCCCAGCCAGGACAACGUGUCGCUGACCAGCACCGAGACGCCACCCCCACUGUAUGUGGGGCCAUGCCAGCUGGGCAUGCAGAAGAUCAUAGACCCCCUGGCCCGUGGCCGGGCCUUCCGUGUGGCAGAUGACACUGCAGAAGGCCUGAGUGCCCCUCACACUCCCGUCACACCGGGUGCUGCCUCCCUCUGCUCCUUCUCCAGCUCCCGCUCUGGUUUCCACCGGCUCCCGCGGCGGCGCAAGCGAGAGUCGGUGGCCAAGAUGAGCUUCCGGGCCGCUGCAGCACUGAUGAAAGGCCGCUCUGUUAGGGAUGGCACCUUGCGCCGGGCACAGCGCCGAAGCUUCACUCCAGCUAGCUUUCUGGAGGAGGACACAACUGAUUUCCCCGAUGAGCUGGACACAUCCUUCUUUGCCCGGGAAGGUAUCCUCCAUGAAGAGCUCUCCACAUACCCAGACGAAGUUUUUGAGUCCCCAUCGGAGGCAGCACUAAAGGACUGGGAGAAGGCCCCGGAGCAGGCAGACCUCACUGGCGGGGCCCUGGACCGCAGCGAGCUGGAGCGUAGCCAUCUGAUGCUGCCCCUGGAGCGAGGCUGGCGGAAGCAGAAGGAGGGCGCCGCAGCCCCGCAGCCCAAGGUGCGGCUCCGACAGGAGGUGGUGAGCACCGCCGGGCCGCGGCGGGGCCAGCGCAUCGCGGUGCCGGUGCGCAAGCUCUUCGCCCGGGAGAAGCGGCCGUAUGGGCUGGGCAUGGUGGGAAGGCUCACCAACCGCACCUACCGCAAGCGCAUCGACAGCUUUGUCAAGCGCCAGAUCGAGGACAUGGACGACCACAGGCCCUUCUUCACCUACUGGCUUACCUUCGUGCACUCGCUCGUCACCAUUCUAGCCGUGUGCAUCUAUGGCAUCGCGCCAGUGGGCUUCUCGCAGCAUGAAACGGUGGACUCGGUGCUGCGGAACCGCGGGGUCUACGAGAACGUCAAGUACGUGCAGCAGGAGAACUUCUGGAUCGGGCCCAGCUCGGAGGCCCUCAUCCACCUGGGCGCCAAGUUUUCCCCCUGCAUGCGCCAGGACCCGCAGGUGCACAGCUUCAUUCGCUCAGCUCGGGAGCGCGAGAAGCACUCGGCCUGCUGCGUGCGCAACGACAGGUCCGGCUGCGUACAGACCUCGGAGGAGGAGUGCUCGUCCACGCUGGCAGUGUGGGUGAAGUGGCCCAUCCAUCCCAGCGCCCCAGAGCUUGCCGGCCAUAAGAGACAGUUUGGCUCUGUCUGCCACCAGGAUCCCAGGGUAUGUGAUGAGCCCUCCUCUGAAGACCCCCAUGAGUGGCCAGAAGACAUCACCAAGUGGCCGAUCUGCACCAAAAACAGCGCCGGGAACCACACUAACCAUCCCCAUAUGGACUGUGUCAUCACAGGACGGCCCUGCUGCAUUGGCACCAAGGGCAGGUGUGAGAUCACCUCCCGGGAGUACUGUGACUUCAUGAGGGGCUACUUCCAUGAGGAGGCCACGCUCUGCUCUCAGGUGCACUGCAUGGAUGAUGUGUGUGGGCUCCUGCCUUUCCUCAACCCCGAGGUGCCUGACCAGUUCUACCGCCUGUGGCUGUCCCUCUUCCUGCACGCCGGGAUCCUGCACUGCCUGGUGUCCAUCUGCUUCCAGAUGACCGUCCUGCGGGACCUGGAGAAGCUGGCAGGCUGGCACCGCAUAGCCAUCAUCUACCUGCUAAGUGGUGUCACCGGCAACCUGGCCAGUGCCAUCUUCCUGCCGUACCGAGCAGAGGUGGGUCCGGCUGGCUCUCAGUUUGGCAUCCUGGCCUGCCUCUUUGUGGAGCUCUUCCAGAGCUGGCAGAUCCUAGCACGGCCCUGGCGUGCCUUCUUCAAGCUGCUGGCUGUGGUGCUCUUCCUCUUCACCUUUGGACUGCUGCCCUGGAUCGACAACUUUGCCCACAUCUCAGGGUUCAUCAGUGGCCUCUUCCUUUCCUUCGCCUUCUUGCCCUACAUCAGCUUUGGCAAGCUCGACCUGUACCGGAAGCGCUGCCAGAUCGUCAUCUUUCAGGUGGUCUUCCUGGGCCUCCUGGCUGGCCUGGUGGUCCUCUUCUACUUCUAUCCUGUCCGCUGCGAGUGGUGUGAGUUCCUCACCUGCAUCCCCUUCACUGACAAGUUCUGCGAGAAGUACGAACUGGACGCUCAGCUCCACUGAGCUGGCUGCGGGCUCCAGGGGUCGUGUGCUCCAGCAACCCAGAGCCAGACAUGACAACUCUGAGCCUCACAGGCUUACAGGAGUCACCUGCUCCAUGCGGGGACUGGCCUGUUUCCUGAACACAGACCUCUUUCUUGUGCCUUGUUCACUUCUGUUGAACCCCUCGUACUGCUGGGCAUUUAUUAUACUACUUCCCAUGAUAACCUUCUAACUUGUUUCUUGACGACCACCUCAUGUGGCCAAUAAAUGGACUGGGAGCGUUUUAGCUGCCAUUAACUUGA